AUGCCUAAUGUAUCGGUUGAAUCGACUGAUCAUCCCAACGAAGUGGAAAGAAAUAUAGAGAAGAAUAAUGAAAAAGAAUUGAAGGAAGAUAGUAGAGCCAUGUCUCAGGAAGAAAUACUUUCUCACAAAUUGCUAGUUGCAAUUGAAAAACAAGCAGCAUUAGACGAACGAUACGCCGAUGAAAUUCACAAAAACGAAGUGUUGGAAGAAAGAAUUCGUAAAUUAGAAGAAAAUAUUUUAACACAGGAAAAAACCAAACAGCUGGCAAUUGAAACUGAGGAUGUGGGUGAGAAAUUACGGCGAACGGAGGCAAAAUAUCAAACUGUAGAAAUUGAACGGGAUCGAGUCCAAAGUGAGAUUGAAGAAUUAACCAGCUCUUUGUUUGAAGAAGCGAAUCGAAUGGUAGCAGAUGCUAGGAAAGAAACAUUCGUUUAUCAGCGGCGUGCUUCUCAACUCCAAAAACAGUUAGCCGAUACCGAAACACUUUUAACAAAUGCUCAAUCCCAGUUGAUUGAGCUAAAGUCCGUUAUGCAAAACAUGUCUGAUUCCUAUGAACAGACUAUUCAUUCUCCUAUGCGGCCCGGUUCUUCCACUCAUGAUUCAGCUUCUAUAGCUAGCGCUGGUUCUUCUACGCCAGCUUUGGAAGAAGCCUUACAUCGAAAUACCCCUAAUCAUGUAAAAUCCGCCUCCUUUGAAAGUCCAAGGACGUCAGUUAAUUCCAAUUAUGUAUACCCGGCUGCUCACCGUCAUUUUGAGCAAAUUCACGAUCAAAGAGCAGCAACAAGUCUCGGUAUUCAUCAUCCUUCUCAUGUGCAUCGUGUACGAACGGUCGUUGAAGACAGGUCUAGUAGUGCCUCUCCCCCUCCUACUCCAGUCGUCGUUACAGACUCACCACCUCCGUCUACUUAUUAUGUAACGCCCGUAAAUUCAGCUGUUUUUAACGCUAGUCAGCCCAACUUAUCUGAAGCAAUGAAUCUCCAAAAUCCUUCUUUUUCUGAGUUUCAUGCUUUGUUAACCUAUUCCUCUAAGUCAGUUCAAUCAAGAACUACAUUAAACCGUAUGUCUUCUUCUUCAUCGUUAAAAAAUAUUGCUCUACAAAAUCGAACUGCUCAUACGCCAGCAAGUGCGAAGCAAUCUUCUUCAUCACCGUCUCAUCCGUCUUUCUUACCGCCCGCUUCGCGCUGUCUUCGAGAAUUUGCUUUUUUUAAACGAUGUCUUGAAGAGGAUAUUGACCCAACCUUACGGUUGGAUCACGCAGUCGGCCUCUCGUGGUUAGCCCGUCGAUCAAUCUAUGCAGCUAUUUUAGACGCUUCGUUAAUUAUUAACCCUAUGUCUUCAUCAUCACCGCAAGCCUACUCUCCUUGUUCCCUUUGUGGUGAUAAUCGAGAAGACAGUCUUCGCUCUUUUGAAUUCAGGUCUCGUCCUGAUGGUACGUCUUAUGCUUGUUGUAACUAUUGCGUUGCCCGAUUACGCAGCGUUUGCGGGUUUAUAUCAUUUCUAUACCAAGUUGCUAAAGGUGUUUGGGAUUCCUGUUCUGUUGAAAAGACUUGGACGGAGUGCAUCCUUAAGCGUGAAGCAAUGUUUUAUUCACGAACAGGAUUAACUAAGGAACUUGGUAGUUGA